CGGAUUACGUGCCGUGGAUUGAACGCCAGAUGGCGGAGCGCACCGUGUACCACUGUCAGCACAGCUUUGAGGCGGACGACGGCGCGGGGUAUGCGGAGUGCAAGCGUAUGAGAAAACCUUUUGCAGCAGCAGGAGCUCCGAGAGGUAUUCCCGAAGACCUCGUAGCAGACCGCGCGGACGCGGGAGGAAAUUCUGACAAGGGUGCUGAAAGCGGUGAAAAGUCAAAAACAGAUGCUUCCAGUGCGGCACCGCGACAUCGGCCGGAUGAACAAAAAGUAGUCGGGUCAACAGCUGGUCCUCCACCUCCUCCUGCAGCACCGUAUAACCCAUUUCAAUGCAGUUGGCUGCUGGAGCGUGACGAGGUGUGGAAUUGGGAGGUGAUUCGGCAUUUUCGGGCAAGAGAGGAGCUGAGGCAUAGGGUUUUUCCUUCUGGUGCUGCUGUUGCGCUGCCGGUGGAGAGCGCCAGUUCUGCAGUAAUAUACGACGAGCAGGAAGGAGAUGAAGACGGGCAGCACCAGGCCCAGCGGAACGAGGGAGCGCAACCGCACAAGGGGCUUGUUGAAGAACGUCAUGUUGACGAAGAGGAAGAACGUGCAAAUAUCGACAAAGAGAUCACCCGAACCCUGCAGCAAGAGCAGCUGAAACAGCAGGUGAUACAGACGAAGGAGGAGUCCGUCCCUGGGGACUUUCUGGCGGCGGAAAGAAUGCGUUUCAUGCCGCGCACGGUGAAGGAGCAGAUACGACAGUGGGUGGUAUCCAGAAACGCUGACUUCACAGCGUUUGACUUCGUCAGAAUUGUUGUGCGAUUUUUCCUCGAUGGAAAUAAAAAGCGUGACGCUCAUAUUGAUGUUUCAAGCGACGACUCGAGAACCGGGAAGAGUACUACUGGUCCACAUCCACACGAUGUGGAUGUCGAGGUGGAUCAUGGUCCGGAGGAAGAUGUGCUGGCCGCAAUACUGAAUGAACGCAACGAGGAUCAUCUACCUGAACCGGAAGGACAAGAAGGUUACACUGACCCGCCUGCGGUUUUACCGCCAAAAACAAACGAGCAUCGCCACGAGCGGUAUUUGAGGCUCGUGGAGCGCGCGCGCCAAUCGAAGAGCAACGAGUUACCGUCGAAAUUUUUGAUCUACUGGAUCUGGCUGGAGCGUAUGGGCUUCCCCAUUUUACUGGUCUUGUCCCGUCCGUUGGCCGUCGCGGUGCAAAUCAUCCGCUUGAAGAUGCUGCGGGUGGUGAGUCUUUGCCGGGCGCAGCUGUACGCCUGGCAGCUCAGGGGCUGGCUGCAGAGCGUGAUAGAAGAAAUAAGCACUAGGACCAGCACCGCUGGCGCGAACAUCAAUGGUCGACGUAACAGCAAGGGUGUUGAAGGCGCAAGAGGGAAUAAAACACGAGUAGUAGUGGACGUCGAAGAAGAAGAGCUCUCGCUGCUGAAACAACUGAAACAGGUCCUCGAGCUACACAUUCUGGAGUUUGAGAUACCCGACCACGGAACUGCUGCUCUCGACCACACGUCGUCGGGGGCUUCUGGUUCUGCGAACACCAGUGCGUCCUUCCUCCAUGCCUACAUGAGGAGAACGUGCGAGGAGUUUGGAGUCGGGUCUCGAUUGGUUUACGAAGACUGCGUUUGUGACGCUUUUCGACGCGAGCAGGAGAAAGAUAAACAUCAUUCCGCUUCAUCCAGUGAGGACCGCCUGGAUGAAGAAGAUUCCGAACAAGGCAAGACUGCUGAUCACACAGCGUCAGGCUCAGGACAAGAACUAAAAGUAGAACACCAGCCCGCGAUUUCCGUCGGCGAGCUGCUUGCCUCCCUGCUUUCGGAUGCAGAAAAGGAGAACAAGAAGCCCCGCGAGCACCACUACUACCGCGGGGCGCAGCUGUCGGAGCGGUCCGACAGCAUCUCCGUGAUGAACAUUGGCGCCUGGAGCGACGAAAACGUGUCGGAAGUGCAAAAACAGUACUGGAACGGGCGGACGCAGCUGCCUGAAAGCGUGCGGAAAAACCGCAUUUCCAUCGACAUUGUGUUGCCCGUUUGUGCCGAAUCCGAUGUGGAAGAUUUGGACAUUUCCGUGUUUCCCGGCUGGAGCCGAAUUUUCUUCUACGAUCUGUGCGGCGAGUUCGGGCGGUUCCUGCCAAGUAGGAGUGCAUCAAGGACUUCUAUCAACGAAGAAACUACGUCGAAGAUGCCCACCACCGCGUCCGACACGAAUUCCUUUGCGUUUCACCAAAAAGCAACGGACAAAACUUACCGGGUUUUUUCCGCGAAGGAGCUACUGGACAGCAAAACUUCAUUAGGAGAUGAAACAGAAGAGACUAAGAGUAAGAGAGCGCAGGAAGUGGAGAGAUUCCUUCAAAACCCGCUCGCGGCGAACCUGCUCGACCGUUGCGCGAAGUUUCGUGCGGAUUCCGUGUUUUUCGACGACUCGCACGAGGAAGACGUGCGAACUUUGGACGUGGGAGUGCGGUUCUGGCACUUGGCGAAGUAUUACGACGAGCUGCCGGAUGUGACUUUCAUGGCCCACCCCGAUUGGCGGGAGCACGCGACGCCGGGCAUCAUGCAGGCUUUGUUUGAAGCGUUGGAGCGGGGGCAGGAGUGGAAGCGGGAGAUCAAGGCAGACGUGGUGCACUUGGGAAAACGGCAGCACGGACCGCUCUUGCACGAACCAGUGUUCCCAACCAGGAAGAUAAUGAGCAACAUUAAGGCCGCUACAAGAAGUACAACUAGCAUACAAGAAGACCACGAUGCUGGUGCAACAUUAACGUCCUCUCCUCCACCCCUUUCAUUACUGCGGGAGAAAUUCCUUGCGUCGGACGAGUCGAAAGCAUUUGGCGUGGUUUCAUCUCGUGGAAGCGUGGACGAGGGGGCGGGCCGCGAGUCUCUUUUAAUGUGGCCGCCAAGAGAGGACCGCGAGGACGUUGCUGAUCGUCGUGACAGCACAGAAACGAAUGAAGGAAGAUUGUCCUCAGCGGGCGAGGAAAUAAUAGUUGACGGCCAGAACGGCCACAGCACCGCAGGCACAGUUGUAUCUCAACCAGCAAGUUUCGGCGGCUUCGUUUCCCCCGAAACGUUUGUGUACCACCAAGUCGGGUUGGAGAGCGGGGAAAUGGGCGACUUCUUGAACAAAAAGGAUUUCGAAAUGGACGACGGGUGGUACGAAGAGAUCGAGAAUGUUGACGCUACAUCUUCUAGCGCAAGAACUCCUAUUUCUCCCGACGGCGCCAUCAGUCCAAAUUAUGAAAAUGAUGGACCUGGUGCGGCGGACCCUGCUGGUUUUUCCGGUGCAGAGAUAGAGAAUACAGAAGUGCCAUUGCCUCCCGCCCUACUCCGUCGUGCAGUAGAUGACAAAGCCAAAGCGCGACUGAAAUCCGUUAUGAAGCAAGCCAGAAUACAGAAGUUUGUCGAAGAGAGACUUUUGCCAGCACCGAGCGGCGAUCCUGUAGUAGUUCACGAAGAUGAGCCAGAACAUUUGAUGAAAUCUCGCUCCUACUUCGAGAAAUUCCGCACGUUUGUGAAAUCGAAGUACUUCGAUGCCGCAAAGACGAAGAACCCGAUCAAGCGCGGGAAAAUCAACUACGAGGAAGCCACGUACCACCGCCUGCCGGAUGCGUACGAGCUGCAGCUCCACCGCAGAAUUUGGAACGUGCUGUUUCAAGAGAAGUUCACCCUGCCGCAACACCACUUCGGCGGAUACGACUACGGGGUCUUUCUCCUGUCGAAAGCGGCUGUUUUGUCAAAGGCGCGUUCCUGGUACACGCAGGUGGCGUUUGGCCUGCAGUCGGUCGAGCACACGUGGCAGGCGUUUUUCAGCGGUAGUGCUAUCAAAUGUAAAAGUGUCUGGGUCUGGAACGUUGGAACUUGUGAUGCUAACUUUGGACUCUAAAAAAAUCUGUAUUGCAUGACCAGCAAGAGAGGGUUCGUUUCUGCUACGCGGGGAGGGCAUUUGUCAUGCGGAGUUGGCUGGGAAGCCCUCUAAAAAUCUGUGAUGCUAGGUCGUGCAUUACAGACAUCCUGGGUCAUGCAAAAUAUGCAUGACAAAUCUCAGAAUCUUCCAGACCCAGACACUUUUGCAUUUGAUAAGUGCGGGAUUUGAACAACAGGCACCACAACAAGAACGGCGCCGCGACCGAAGCAGAACUGCAUCAAAUAACUUCUACCGCGCCGCGUGGCACAACAAGGUGCACAGAGGCCUUUCGAAAACGAUGUUUCAGCCGGAUGCGCUGCGGGGGCCGCGCGUCACCGAUUUUGUCUCCGUCCGGGUUGACAUCACAUCGACGCCGAAAAUUUACAACAAGGCCAUCUGCAUGAUCUUCGAACAUUUGUGGAGCGUGUUGUUCGCCUACGUGCCCCGCAGUGGUCCGUUUAAUAAUUUCGAAAGCGAAAAGAAUGUACUUGUUGAUCCGAACGGUAGGAACGAAAACGAAUUGGAAUUUCAGUUCGGGUACCAAGGAAGGAGCAGUGGGCCGGCUCUUCAGCGAAGUAGUAGAGGGGAAAAAACUAGAAAAAGUCGAGGACGAGGGCGAUUGGCGGAAGUAGAAGAAGUAGAACAUCACAAGGACCCGCACCACGACCAGCAAACCUCCAUCCUGCUGAAAUCUCGGUUCUACGACUCCGCCCUUCCUCUGUCGCUCCGCUUGGAAUGGCACCCGGUGGCCCGGUCAAUUGUGCACUUUGAAAACCUUUGGCGGACGACGAGGCUUUCGCUGCUAACAGUGGAGGAGCGGUGCGCGGUGCAGACGUUUCUAAGCCAGCACCCCUUCUACUUGGAAAGAAGUGUCAUCCCGCAGUUUCCCAGGAUCUGCUACAUGAUUCAAUAAAACAAAGUCUUACUUCAUCUAGUCAGGUGUUUACUUCUUGAGAACAAAAAAUAAAAGACCACGAAAAUGUAUGCCCGGGUAGCAACAGGCUAGCGAGCCUGUGAGCCUAGGCUGAGGAUGGUCGGGCGGUAUUUUAUGCCCGUGUCCGCCCUCAGCCCUUUAGUGUACGGUAGCCAGGACUUGAGAAGAUUAGUCAGGACAACCCACCGAAUUUCGGGGUGGUAUUUGUUCGCCUUCUCUUGUUCCCAGGGAGUAACGCCCCUGCCGUUGGUAGUAAGUCUCGUUUGUCCCGCUUUGCGGAUGAUCGUUAGUCCCGCUUUGCGGAUGAUCGUUAGUCCCGCUUUGCGGAUGAUUGGCCCGCUUUGCGGAUGAUUGGCCCGCUUUGCGGAUGAUCGUUAGUCCCGCUUUGCGGAUGAUUGUUUGGCCCGCUUUGCGGAUGAUUUGGCUUCCGCUUGUCGGAAAUUUUGGCUUCCGCUUGUCGGAAAUUUUGGCUUUCCGCUUGUCGGAAAAUUUGGCUUCCGCUUGUCGGAAAUUUUGGCUUCCGCUUUUUCGGAGCCUCGAACUUUGGCUUCCGCUUGUCGGGAAAUUUGGCUUCCGCCUUUCGCAAGUUCUGGCUUUCGCUUGUCCGAAGGUCUAGCUUGGUCCGCUGUGCGGGAAUUUUGGACUCCGAAGGUCGGAAACGUCUCGUUGCCAGCUAUCUAUGCGGGAUAGGUGUUGUCUGGCCGUUCUGUCCUCGGGACGAGGAACGGCGGUCGGUCUCGCUUUGCGAUGGGAGGAGGGGUCGUUUGGCACUGGCGGUUCGAACCCGUUACCCUUGCGAACUUUCUCCCUGACUAGAGCGCUGGACUUCGUUGGAUCUGCUUUGAGAUAAAUAUCCGGACUUCCCCUCCCAUCGCUAUGCGAGACCGAGACUCGUCCGAUUGGUUUGUAAUGGGGCUAUGCUAAGCCUGGGCGAUCGCGGUUUUUCGUUCUAUUUGGCGGACCCUUCUGAUAGGCCCGCGUCUUAGUCUAUCGGCCCACUUUUCAGCCCGUCGUCGUUCGUUGCUACGCCUUCAUCGAUGGGGCGCACCGGUUUCCCAAAUUCAUCUACUGGCCGCAAGCGCCACAGCGGGUUCUUUGGGAUGCUUCGGCGUAUCCGGCCUCCGCCGGUGGGUCAGGUGCUCCAUCUCCCUGGGCGCCUCGACGACGCGGUGGGGGACUGCUCCCACCGAGCGGCCAUCCAUUGGGUGGCCCGUCUGCGGUAACUGCAUAAAAUGUAUGCCCGGGUAGCAACAGGCUAGCGAGCCUGUGAGCCUAGGCUGAGGAUGGUCGGGCGGUAUUUUAUGCCCGUGUCCGCCCUCAGCCCUUAGUUUACGGUAGCCAGGACUUGAGAAGAUUAGUCAGGACAGCCCACCGACUUUCGGGGUGGUAUUUGUUUCGCCCGCCCCCCCUCCCAUUUGCUUCUAGGUGGUUACGUUACCACGGAUGGGCCGCUAAGACCUCGCGCCGCCCUUUUCUUACGGGGUGUGACAGAGGUCCAUGUCUUCCAUCGCGGGUCAGGUGCUCCAUCUCCCUGGGCGCCUCGACGACGCGGUGGGGGACUGCUCCCACCGAGCGGCCAUCCAUUGGGUGGCCCGUCUGCGGUAACUGCAUAAAAUAACGCGGCACAGUAUCGAAAUCCACGAAUCUGGAUUACCCAUGUGGUCGACAGCCACACGUACGAGAGUCAAAACGGAAAUGCAGAAACUACAGGCAUAGAGAAUCAAAAUGUAGAAGCGCGCGUAUCUCCCAUAGGCGAGCCGUGAAGUACUUACAUCGAGUGAGAUGUUGAUGACGGCGAGGUACUAACUUUAUCAAUCAAUGGCAACGAGUACAAGAUAACAUCUGUCGCAACGACGAGAUCCUCAGGAAUGGACUGAU